GCCAGCAAUUCAGUGUCUUUAGUUUUAGUCCUCUUUUUUCCGUUAGGACGUUUUAAAAAUCUGUGAUUAAAAUGAAACACUUCGUUUUUAUGUUUUUAUUUACCGCAUUCACCCACACAGCUCAAAAAGGCGAUGGCGACGAGUGGGUCCAUCUACCCAACAGAUGUGAAGUGUGCAAAUUCGUCAGCAUUGAGAUGAAAUCUGCAUUUGAGGAGACGGGCAAAACAAAGGAAGUAAUUGAAACCAACUACCGCUUUUUAGACGACAAAGGUGCCCCGCCAAUCAAAUACGUCAAAUCUGAUAUUCGCUUCAUAGAAGUGUUGGAGAAUGUAUGUCAAAGGCUCAUGGAGUACAAUCUGCAUAAAGAGAGAUCAGGCAGCAACCGCUUCGCCAAGGGUAUGUCUGAGACCUUCUCUACCUUACAUAACCUGGUACAUAAGGGAGUGAAGGUGGUGAUGGACAUCCCCUAUGAACUGUGGAAUGAGACGAGUGCAGAGGUUGCUGACCUCAAAAAACAGUGUGAUGUGAUGGUGGAGCAGUAUGAGGAAGUGAUUGAGGACUGGUAUAAAGGGGACCAGCAGGAGGACCUCACUACAUAUCUGUGUGAGAAACAUGUUCUCAAGGGACAAGACACAGCUUGUUUGAAGGAGUCAUGGUCUGGGAGAAAAGGAGAUACAGCGGCCAUUGCAGAGGACAAGAAGAAAAAGAAGAAAAGCAAAAAGGGAAAGAACAAAGACAGUGAGGAGGGACAGUCGAAGAAGAAAGAGAAGAAGGUGAAAAAGAAGAAAAAGAGCAAGCAUACGGAGGAGAAAGAGCGAGAUGGGUACACGUCUGAUGAAGACGUCCAGAAGAAAGUUCCUCUUAGAGAAGAAAAGACCGAACUUUGAUUGUGGGGCAGAAAAGGACUAAUUUACUGACCUGAACUUUCUUAUUUUUCUCUCUCUCCAUCCUCCCUUUUUGUUUGCAGUGUUAAAGCAACUUUUCUCUCACGUCGGUGCUAAAGAGAUUUAUUUCACCACUGCCGGCUCCAUGUGUUACUGCAAGCUUUCCUCUCAGCUUCUCAAAGGCAGUUUUGACAUGAAAUAGAAAUUGGAAGUGAUUAGAAUGAGCUGAAUUCUGUCUAUUUGCCCCAGUAUUUGUAACAUCUCUGCAGACUGACUUAAAUAGUGUUUGGCUAGAAAUUGGCUGAUGCUGUCU